AUGGCUACCAUUAGUAUUCUUGUGAGCCUAAUUGGCUUCGUCGCGGCUCAGAAUUUCAUUAACGCGAAUGUUACCUUAAAAACUACCGCCGUCAUAUCCCAGGGUGUUGUUGCGGGUAUUGCCACUACUGUUCCAGGUAUCACUUCACCUGUGUCUAAAUUUCUUGGUAUACCGUUUGCUGGACCACCUCAACGCUUCAGUCCUCCAAUUGCACCAGGAUUAUUCACGAGCAACCCAUACAAUGCCACGCAGCUCAAGGCAUCGUGUAUUCAACAAUUCUCCUAUCCGGAUGCUGCUCGGGCUUUCACUAUGGCGCUCUUUGAUAAUCCACCACCUGCAUCAGAGAGCGAGGAUUGUUUGUAUCUAAAUGUAUAUGCUCCAUCUAGAGCUACUCCAGAUUCAUUACUUCCUGUGAUGGUGUGGAUUUAUGGUGGUAAUUUCAACUUUGGAUCAGCAUCAUCCCCAUCCUAUGAUGGUAGCAAUAUAGCUGGGAAGCGGAAUAUGAUUGUGGUGACUUUCAACUACCGAACUAAUGUUUUUGGCUUCCCAAACUCCCCUGAAUUACCCACCAUAGGCCAGAAUCUAGGACUUCUCGACCAACGAUCAGCAUUAGCUUGGAUCCAAACCAACGUCCCAGCAUUUGGCGGUGAUCCCCUCAAGGUAACCAUAUUCGGUGAAUCCGCUGGCGCACUUUCUGUAGAUGCUCUCGUCACCAGUUAUCCGACCCUUCCCCCAUUCCGCGCAGCAAUCAUGCAAUCUGGUCAAGAUAGCAUUCGAACCAUGACCGCUACGCCCAGAUCAUCAGGUAUUGAUACUGGUGUCCUAUCUUGGAACGCUCUCACAUCUGGUCUUGGUUGUUCCAAUACCAGUAGUGCACUUGCUUGUGUACGAGCUGCUGAUGCACUUACUAUCAAAUCGUUCAUCGAACAUGCUAGUUUAUCGUUCCAACCGGUGGUGGAUAACAUAACACGAGUUUCUGAUCCGCAGUCUAGGAGAGCAAAUCAUCAAAUCGCAAAUGUACCGAUACUUAUCGGUUCGAAUGCUCAAGAGGGUACUGCUUUCGUAUAUGGACAAAGUAACAUAACAGCAGCUGUAAAAGUAAUAUUCCCAACCAACACACUCCUUCAGACUGAAACUCUCGCUGCGUACUCUGUUGGUCAAGAUGGAUUAAACACACCCUUCGAUGUUAUCGCAAAGAUCUACACCGACUCAAUAUUCCAAUGCCCCGCCGGUAUCCUCGCCAACUCAAGCUCCGCCGCCUCCUACCCAACCUAUCGCUACUUCUACAACGCAACUUUCCCCAACAUCCAAACAUUCCCCAAUCUCGGCGCCUACCACUCCUCGGAAAUCUCACUCGUCUUCGGCAACUUACUCGCAAAUGCUACUCCAGCGGAGAUAAACCUCAGUGCCUUGAUGCAAAAAUCCUGGACGGAUUUCACUAAAACCCCUCAAGUGGGUCCAGGGUGGAAGAAAUUCGAUGUUCAUCGAGGUGUCAAUGAUGUUGCUGUGUUUAAUGUGAAUGGGCUGGGGAGUGUCAGUGGAGGGAUAUUGAAUAAGCGGUGUACGGUUUUUGCAUAUGAUUCGAAUUUAGGGAAGUAA